AUGGCUCACUCAAUACGAUUCUUUACUGUUUCUUUAUUGUCUAAUGCUUGGCCACGGCCUGGAUCGGGGCUGGCCCGAUGGCAUGUCAGGCAUAUUGUUUGCACAAGUGUACCAAAUUCCGUACCCAAAGUUGGUGCCGAGGAGUUUCGGAUGCAAUUUUCGUGCAAUUUUACCCUUUACGCUUACUGUAUACCGACCGAAGCUUCGUCUUUCUCGUUGAUGUCCUUUCUGUCCAAGUUCCUAGUGGGCUCUGUGACGCUAGCCAGUAGCCCUUUUUCACUCUCUGGUGUUGGUUCAAUUCGUACCGCUACCAAACGCGCUGGCGGAACAAUAUCCAAUCAUGGUGGUUCACCAGGUAAACGGUUGGGUGUUAAGAAGUUCUCUGACGAGUAUGUCAUACCUGGAAACAUAAUCGUUCGUCAACGCGGCACAGUCUUCCACCCUUCUCAAAACGUUGGCAUAGGGAGAGACCACACUAUAUACGCUCUCGUGCCCGGUUACGUUCGGUUCUACAAGGAGAAAUACAUGCGCGGAGAGCGGAAAUACGUCGGUGUCGUCCUCAACCGAGGUGAAAAACUUCCUCGAGAUCUGGCUGCUCAUGGACGUAGUCGCUACCUUGGUCUCGUCAACCUCAGCGAUCAAGCUCCCCAAGGUCAGACACAACACACGGUUGGAUGAUGAUUAAAUGAAAUUCAUACUAGUCACAAACAAGCGGUGUAUCGUGGAUCAAGGCUUGAAGCUUGAAGGGGCGUCCAUCCUCGUCAAGAGCUUCGCCGCAGGUCGGAUCAAGACCCAGUUCGGUUCAGAUGCAGUAUUAGGGGUAUAUUAUUAGUAUGCUAAUCGCAGUCGACCACCCAGUACAUCUUUCACUAGAUUCUCAUAGCUGACAACAUCUCAAGUCUGAAACGCUUGUUCAAACCUUC